CGCCCCGCCGACAUCCUAACCACCAUGGUUUUCUACGAGCUGUUUGCACUGGUCCGCAAAGAUAUCGCUGCCCCAACCAUCCGCGAGAUGAUGCGCACAGCCGGCACAACCAUCCUCAAACACGGGGGCGUCAUCCGCAAAAUCCGCAACAGCGGCGAUGUCCCCCUCGUAAAACGUUACCACAACCAAGGCGAAGACUACUACUUUGGCAAACAAGUCAUCAUGCAAUUCGACUCUAAUCCAAUGGCGCAGAGAGAGGCGAUCAAGACUUUGCGAAUGGAUCCUAGGGUUAUUCGGGUGGGGUUGGUUAAGUUGGGCGAUAGGUUGGAUGAGAUUGUGGAGGAUCCGGCGAAAACUUAUUAGAGGACAUGAAGGUGUGAAAAAGUCAAGG